GGACACGACAUCCGCACUACGGAAACGACUUCUUUCUCACUCCUGGACUCGCCGCUCUUCAUGUAUAUUAUGGCCUCUUCCGGAGAUUUGAGGCCUGCUCUCUACGCGGCCCCGGCCUCGCUCAUGGUCCUGACCGGCCUGCUGGUGGGAUCGAGAACGUGGGCGCGGCUUACCUUGACUGGACUACGUGCCGAUGACAUAUUCAUAAUUUUUAGUUGGGUUUUCAAUGCAGUCUUCUGCAUCCUCGUCAUGGUCCUCACUUCAAUCGGGCUGGGAUCCGAAGCUAGCGACGUGAGCCCCGAGAACUACGCCCAGUACCUCAGGCUCAUUACCGUCUGCGCCAUCUGCUUCAGCUUCGGCACGUCCCUCGCAAAGUGCUCGUUUGCCGUGCUGUACCUGCGCCUGAUCCCGAACCGAUACGUCCAGAUUCUGAACCGCUGCAUCAUCGUCUACGUCCUCUGCCAGGCCAUCGAGGAGACCUUGGUCAACGUCUUUCAGUGCCGACCGGUGGCAAAGGCUUGGGACCCCGCCAUUGAAGGCACAUGCGUCAAUAUUAAGACCAUGUGGUGGGUGGGCUUUGUAUCCAAUAUCUGCACAGAUUGGAUCCUCUUCCUCGAACCUAUACCUUUUAUAUGGGGACUGCAGCUCAUCUCGGUCACCAAGAAGAUCGGCCUCAGCUUCAUGCUAUCCGUUGGCCUUCUUCUCUGUAUAAUAUCCGUGAAGAGGCUCGUCGAAGCUGCAAGAACCACAAUCAACGACGGAAUAUACCUCCUAGCCGAGCCAUUAAUCUGGUCCAUCGCCGAGCUGAGCGCCCUGAUAUUAUGCUCCUGCAUCCCGGCGCUCCGGCAGACGCUGUUCCGGAUCCCGUGGCUCAACCGCGCGCUGGGGCUCGGGUCCAAGCUGAGCUCGGGCCGAGCCGACCGCUACAGCAAGUCGUCGUCGUUUGGCGCGUCGCGCUUCUUCUUCAACCGCCGGGUGCGGUACGGCCGCUCCACCAGCUGCAGCGGCGGCGGCGUGACCGAGGUCGGCGCCUGCGGGAGCCAGGCCGACGUCGAGGACAAGAGCAGCAGCAGAAGCAGCAGCAAUAACAACAACAACAACAACAACAACAACAAGCAGCACCAGGGGCCCACGACGACCACGGCCGAGACCGAGGGUCGGCUCGCCCCGAAGCGGAACCUCCUCAUGCCGCCGGCGUUCUGGUCGAGGUCCGGCCAACCUCGUCAGCCCAUGAACCUGCGGUCGGGGAUCCAGUCCAACCUCGAGGUGAGCAGCGCCCGCGAUAUCAAGAGCAGAGCCACGCAAAGUACCGACUACGUACCGUCGAGGCCGAACCCCAGCGAAUCAUGCCAUGACCUUGAAUACGAGCAACAAGCAAAGUCACACUUGUGCGGGGAACAACAACAACAACAUCAUCAACAAAUGGGGAUGAGGAUAAUAGCAAUCGAGGGCCAGGAGUUUGACCAGAUGAGUAGUCUGGACCCUCUUGGCAGCGAAACCGAAGAUUAUUACACAGAGAAACCACCACACGCCGAGCCAUGUUUACAAGCACCAGCACCAGCACUUCUCCGAGACAGCAGAACAACACAACCCAUUGAAAAUCACGCCAGCCAUAGGUGA